AUCAAGAAGCAAGGUAUGGAAUCAUCGCCGGGACCAACGCUACUUCGUUAGCUGUCAAACUUGACCAAAUAUAAGAUUAAUUUCUAGGACAUAGAACCAAUUUGAAGUAUACGUUCCCGUCGUAGAAAAGUUGGGUGGGGUUUGACAUGUAUUGUGUGAGUCGCUAGCCUAGAAAAGUCUGGGGCUUUUUGAUAGACUUGUCGGUCGAUCGUGGUGAAGUAGCCUAUAUCUGUGUUACUGUAUCUUUCAUAUUAUUGCCAUUUUGUAACCGGUGACUCGCUUGCUACAGUUUGCUGCUAGCGAUAUAAGUUGGCUGACUUGCAGUGCUGACUGAGCCUACAUUAAGCCCGCAGAGAGGCGAGUGUAGGGCACUUGGGGACUAGGGUUGUGUUUUUGUAGCUGACACAGCUGAAUUACGGGCGAACAAACCAGACAGGCGUUAGGUGAAUAGAUGUAUUGUCGCCUCAUCACCCCCCCCCCCCAUUGCAUCUGUUGACUGUGUCUGGAAUGAUAAUACUUUUUUGACAGCUGAUCAAACUAAUACAUAGAUGUUUGCUUUGCAGAGUCUUACUUUCAAUCACUGUCACUUCUUGACAGAUCUGUCAUUAAAAUGAAAUAUUUACUCAGUAGCCUAGCUUAAGCAAUAAUUUUAAAUUAAAUCCAGCCCAUCACCAUUGCUGUCCUUAGAGUGACACGCUGUGUCACAGUGUUGGCCAGUAGAGCAGGGCCAUUCAGUUCCAGACCUGCAGGACCCAAACCCCUGUGGUUGUCAUCCUUCCCUGCUAAUCAGGGACUGACUCAGACCUGGCACACAAGUGCCAAAGUGUCGUCGCUAUUCAGAAUGCCACAGACCAACAAGUCCAGAAGUGCCUCAGCCAGUGGCUCUAGUACCGGACCGGACCGAGGGGAGGAAAGAGAAGAAGAAAGAGAGGAAGCGGAGCCAGAGCCAAAGGUCCAAGUCCAGGAAGCAGGGGAUGGAGGAGGAGAGAACACUGGAGACCCAGAGAUCAUCAAGUCCCCUAGUGACCCCAAACAGUACAGGUACAUCGAGCUGACCAAUGGGCUUCGAGUUCUGCUAAUUUCAGACUUCACUGGUCCCGCCUCUUCUGGAGAUGACGAAUCAGAGGAGGAGGAGGAACUGGAGGAGGAAGAGGAGGAAGAAGACUCAGGAGAGGAAACAGAGGAAGAGUCUGAAGAAGAGGAGGAUGACAAGGACAGUGACUUUGAGGAUGACGAGGAUGGAGGGAAGAGGAAGAAGGGACACUCAGAGAAACAGUCUGCAGCAGCGCUGUGUGUGGGUAUUGGCAGCUUCAGUGACCCCAAUGACCUCCCAGGCCUCGCCCACUUCCUGGAACACAUGGUGUUCAUGGGCAGUGAGAAGUACCCAUCAGAGAAUGGUUUCGAUGCCUUCCUGAAGAAACAUGGGGGCAGUGACAACGCUUCCACGGACUGUGAGAGAACCGUCUUCCAGUUUGACGUCCAGAGAAAGAAAUUCAGAGAGGCUCUGGACAGAUGGGCCCAGUUUUUCAUCUGUCCUCUGAUGAUCCGAGACGCCAUCGACAGGGAGGUGGAAGCUGUCGACUCCGAGUACCAACUGGCCAAGCCGUCUGACUCUCACAGGAAAGAGAUGUUGUUUGGGAGUCUAGCGAAGCCAGGUCACCCCAUGGGCAAGUUCUGCUGGGGUAAUGCCCAGACUCUGAAGACAGAGCCCAGGAAAAAGAAGAUCAAUGUUUACAAGAGGCUCCGCUCCUUCUGGAAGAGACAUUACUCUGCCCACUACAUGACCCUGGCUGUGCAGUCUAAAGAGAAGCUGGACACUCUAGAGGAGUGGGUGAAGGAGAUCUUCAGUGGAGUGCCCAACAAUGCUCAGCCCAAGCCGGACUUCUCUGAGCUGCUAGAUCCCUUUGAUACUCCAGCCUUCAACAAGCUGUACAGAGUUGUUCCUGUGAGGAAGGUCCAUGCUCUGACCAUCACCUGGUCCCUGCCUCCUCAGGAGAAACACUACAGGGUGAAGCCUCUCCACUACAUCUCUUGGCUGAUUGGUCACGAGGGCACAGGCAGCAUCCUAUCAAUUCUCAGGAGGAAGUGCUGGGCCAUGGCUCUGUUUGGAGGGAACAGUGAAACAGGCUUUGACCAGAACUCUACCUACUCCAUCUUCUCCAUCUCCAUCACACUCACUGACCAAGGAUUCCAGAACUUCUACCAGGUGGCUCACCUGGUCUUCCAGUAUCUCAAGAUGCUACAGAGCCUGGGUCCCCAACAAAGGAUCUAUGAGGAGAUUCAAAAGAUUGAAGCCAAUGAGUUUCACUACCAGGAACAGACGGACCCUAUAGAGUAUGUGGAGGAUAUCUGUGAGAACAUGCAGCUGUUUCCUAAAGAACACUUCCUCACCGGAGACCAGCUCAUGUUCCAGUAUUCACCUGAGGUGAUCAGUGCGGCCCUGUCCUUGCUGACUCCAGACAGAUCCAACCUGUUGCUGCUCUCUCCAGACCACGAAGGCCACUGUCCCCUCAGGGAGAAAUGGUUUGGGACGCAUUACAGCAUAGAGGAUAUCCAGCAGGAGUGGAGAGAGCGCUGGAACGGAGACUUUGAGCACAACUCUGACCUGCACCUCCCUGUCGAGAACAAGUUCAUCGCGACUGAUUUCAGCCUGAAGCAGUCUGACUGUCCUGAUACUGAGCUGCCAGUCAGAGUAACUGCCAACGACCGAGGAUGUCUCUGGUACAAGAAGGACAACAAGUUCAACAUACCCAAAGCUUACAUCCGCUUCCAUCUCAUCUCUCCGGUCAUCCAGCAGUCAGCCAAGAACCUGGUGUUAUUUGACCUGCUAGUGAACAUACUGGGUCAUAACCUAGCAGAGCCAGCCUACGAGGCUGACGUGGCCCAGCUGGACUACAAGCUGUCAGUAGGAGAACAUGGACUGGUUAUCAAGGUCAAGGGCUUCAACCACAAACUGCCUCUCCUGUUCCAUCUGAUCCUGGACCAUCUGGCUGACUUCUCUGCCUGUCAAGAUGUCUUCAAUAUGUUCUCUGAGCAGCUCAAAAAGGCCUACUUCAACAUCCUCAUACGACCUGAGAAACUGGGCAAGGACGUGCGGUUGUUGAUCCUGGAGCAUGGUCGCUGGUCCAUGGUAGAGAAGUACCAGGCGCUGGCAGACGGUGGUCUGACUGUAGAACAACUGAUGGAGUUCAGCAGAACCUUCAAGACCCAGCUCUAUGCAGAGGGACUGGUGCAGGGGAACUUCACUAGCCAGGAGUCAAUCCAGUUCCUGCAGUACGUCACUGAUAAGCUGCAGUUCUCCAAGUUGCCAGCAGAGGUCUCUGUGUUGUUCAGAGUGGUGGAGCUGCCUCUGAAACAGCACCUCUGUAAGGUCAAAGCACUGAACAAGGGAGAUGCCAACUCAGAGGUCACAGUCUACUACCAGUCUGGUCUGAAAAACCUCAGAGAACACACACUGAUGGAGCUGCUGGUGAUGCACAUGGAGGAGCCCUGCUUUGACUUCCUCAGGACAAAAGAGACUCUGGGGUAUCAUGUUUAUCCAACCUGCAGAAACACGUCUGGAGUCCUGGGCUUCUCUGUCACGGUGGAAACACAGGCCACCAAGUUCAAUACUGAGCUGGUAGAGUUGAAGAUAGAGGAGUUUCUGUCUUCCUUUGGAGAGAAGUUGAGUGCCCUGACUGAGAGUGCCUUCAACACACAGGUGACUGCGCUGGUCAAGCUAAAGGAGUGUGAGGACACACACCUGGGAGAGGAGGUGGACAGGAACUGGGCCGAGGUCGUUACACAGCAGUAUGUCUUCAACAGGCUUCACAGAGAGAUUGAGGCCCUGAAACAGAUGACCAGAGCAGAGCUGGGAUCCUGGUAUCUGGAGCACCGCGGACACAACUGCAGAAAACUCAGUGUACAUGUGGUGGGUUUUGGGCCGGAGGAGGGCGACCCCCCAGCAGAUGGCAACGGAGAGAGGGAUGAGGAAGAGUGUGGCAGUUCAUCCUACGGUGAAGUGUCCAAACUGACCUUCCUCCCCGCCUCGCCCAAGAUGGCCGCCGCUACAUCCAUCAUGGACAUUCCUUCAUUUACCCAGAGCCUUACCCUCUUCCCAUACCACAAGAUCAUCCAAUAGACUACCAGUAUCUAUUUUCUCAAUAUUUAUUUCAAACUCUCUCUCCUUCAUUGCCUGACCAUAACAUCAUCUAAUAAACUCAAUGAGAUACACAACCA